AUUUCAAUCGAGGAAUAUCCCAAAAAUCGCAGAGCUUCCUUCCUCUCUUCUGUUAAUUCUCGCCUUUGUCCGAAAGAGCCUUCCUUUCAAAAGCAGAGCAGUCUUUUCUGUGUGGAAUCAGCUCAGCUACUCAUUCAUAUAUCUAUUUGGGUGAAAAACAUGGCGGCUGCUACCAAUGUCUUGCUGCGAGAUGAGACCCUUCUUAUCUCUUCUUCCCCUCUUGAGAUCCGUAGAGCAGGAGAUACUUCUUCAGCUUCUCGUGGCCUCUCUCUUGAGAAGAAAAUCGAAGCCCUUGAGAGCCUCACUGGACAAGUGAGUAAUAGGAGAUCAAGGAGAUGGUUAAAUGAUCGUAUUCUGAUGGAACUUGUUCCUCGUUUAGAUGCUCAAGAAAUCAGAGGCUUGUUUGCUCCACCUCCUUGGGGUGAUGAUGUCCCUCCUUCUGCCUUUUCUUUGACUAAUGUUGGGGAAUGGGACAGAUUCAGAAACAUUGACAUGGACAAGGAGGCCAAUAUCAUGGACUCCUUGAACCAGUCAUCCGUAAGGCAGAAAGGUCAUGUGGAUGCUGAUAAGACCGCUGUUUUAACGGCUUGGAGAAGAAUAGAGUGUAGAACUAGAGAGGCUCUUCGACGCAGCUUUUUACCCGACCUCAUCGAGGGAUACGAGAAUUGUAUAAGUCAUUUCAUUGAGGAAGGUAGUGAAGGAGACGUUCUUGAGCUCAAGGUCCAAGACCCAUUCCAUAGAUUGCUUCUCCACGGUGUUUGUGAGUACCACAAUCUGGUGUCUACAACUGCGACAGAACAAAUAGGGAAGAAAGCAAUGAAGACAACAAAGAUCAAAUGGAAGAAGAGUGACGAGAAACUUAGCAUCAGCCUCGCCCAUUUCCUCAGGAUGUCAAAGGAAGGAGCUUGGUAACACAAACACACUCCUUUGUAGCUGUAACUCUUAUGAAUAAGAAAAAAAGCUGCAUUGGCCUCCUCUCUAUAUGCAGCAAAAGGAUUUAAUUUGCUUCUCCUGCUAUGUGGUCUUGUGACCUUUGUAUUGUAUUCUCAUUACAAACACUUUAAGUGAUAGAUUAAGUAGACAAACCAGUUCUACAGAUAAACAAUAAACAAUGUAUCAUUAAUUUACUU